ACAAUUUUUAUCUUUGUAUUUUUUUAAAGUUCCAAGUUGUGUGUGAUGCCUCUGCGCAAAGGCCUUUCGAACAGUGUUGAAAACAUCUUGCGCAUUUGACAUCUGAUAUACGCAAAGACUUCGAUCGAGUUCCUACUUCCGUCCCGACCUCAUAGACGCGACAUAUUUUGGCUUUAUUUAUCUUUUUUUUUAAGUGUGUGUGAAAAGAAUGAACGAUGCCUACCUCGACACACAGGCCCAUUACGGGUUUAGUUUGAGUGGCGGUUACGAAGCUCAACACAGCCGCGAAUCGGAUUUGAUUGGAGGUGUGAACAGCAGCGCGGCCGUGACAUCUGUGGCCGGCACGGUCGGCUCAUCCGGCUCGACUGUCGUCGGUGUGGGACACGGAAGCGGCGGCGACGUGGACGUUUGGUCCAACUCGCACGAUCCCUACUCUCCUCAUCACCAUCAGCAGCAACAACAACAACAUCAUCACCACCACCAACAGCAGCAACAACAACAACAUGCCGCUUAUUACGGACAGUCUGUGGGUGGAGGGCAGGUGAUGACGGAAUUAUUGAGUCCUUCUCAUGCGCCAUCGUCGUACAACAUUAGCCAGCCUCAACAACAACAGCAGCAACAACAACAACAACAACAGCGACAGUUUACUCCGACUGAACAGCAUCCGGUGGAUUUAUCGAAUUCGCAGCAACGACCACCGAACCCGGCCGUUUCUGCGUCGGCCGCUUUCUACGGCCUUUCGGCCGCCGAUUACAACAGCGCGCAUUCGAACGCGGCUGGAGCAUCGUCCAGUCAGAGGCGCAGUGCCAGUGACACUUACAAACCCAACGGACUCAGCCUAUCGCUGGGCAUCCCCGAUUCCGUUGUGGGUACGAGCGGAUUGAUUCCGGGCUCGUUGACUCCACCGGACAAGGUGAUUGGAGCGUCGGCCGAUCUGAGCGGACAUUUGCUCAAUCAGCAACAGCAGCAUCAUCAUCUCCAACAACAACAAGGAGGUCAACAACAACAACAGCAACACCAUAACCCUUACGCCCUGGCGCAUCCCGGUUCGGCCAUGGCUCCGACUCUGCAGACUCCGCCGUCGCCGCUCUCUACUCCGUCGCCGCCCGUCCCCAUCGACCGAUACGGGCCGACCGGGUCAGCGUAUCGGGGCGGAACAAAGGAGCAGCGGUUGACGCGAGAGGCCAUGAUGCGCUACCUGCAAGAGCACGGCGACAUGGUGGUGGUGAUUCUGCACGCCAAAGUGGCCCAGAAAUCCUACGGCAAUGAGAAACGCUUCUUUUGCCCGCCGCCUUGUAUUUACCUCUACGGCGACGGAUGGCGGCGGAGGCGCGAGGCCAUCCAGCGUGAAGCCGCCGCUAAUGGCGCCUCACCCGCCGAGGCCGAAGCCGCCUCGCAGUUGUGCGCCUUCAUCGGUAUCGGCAACUCUGAUCAGGAUAUGCAACAACUCGACCUCAACGGCAAAAGUUAUUGCGCCGCAAAGACACUUUUCAUCUCCGACUCGGACAAACGCAAACAUUUUAUGCUCUCUGUCAAAAUGUUUUAUGGCAACGGCCAGGAUAUUGGCGUCUUCCACAGUAAACGCAUCAAAGUCAUCUCCAAACCGUCCAAGAAGAAGCAGUCACUCAAGAACGCCGAUUUGUGCAUCGCCAGCGGAACCAAAGUGGCCCUAUUCAACCGGCUACGCUCCCAGACGGUGAGCACGCGUUACCUGCACGUCGACAACAACAAUUUCCACGCCAGUUCCACUCAGUGGGGCGCUUUCACCAUCCAUUUAUUGGAUGACAGUGAAUCCGAGUCGGAGGAAUUCACCGUACGCGACGGCUACAUCCAUUACGGCAGCACGGUGAAACUAGUGUGCAGCGUCACGGGCAUGGCCCUUCCCCGGCUCAUCAUCCGCAAAGUGGACAAGCAGAUGGCCGUCCUGGAUGCUGACGAUCCCGUUUCACAGUUGCACAAGUGCGCCUUCUACAUGAAGGACACUGAGCGCAUGUACCUCUGCCUCAGCCAGGAGCGCAUCAUCCAGUUCCAGGCGACGCCGUGCCCUAAGGAGCCCAACAAGGAAAUGAUCAACGACGGAGCCGCCUGGACCAUCAUCAGCACCGACAAGGCCGAGUACCAGUUUUACGAGGGUAUGGGCCCGGUCCGCAAUCCAGUCACGCCCGUCCCCAUCGUCCACUCGUUACACUUGAACGGCGGUGGAGACGUGGCCAUGUUGGAACUGAUGGGCGAGAAUUUGACACCCAAUUUAAAAGUAUGGUUCGGCGACGUUGAAGCUGAAACCAUGUUCCGCUGCGAAGAGUCCAUGCUGUGCGUCGUACCGGACAUUUCAGCCUUCCGUUCCGGCUGGCAGUGGGUCCGCGGACCGACACAGGUUCCUAUUUCGUUGGUGAGGAGUGACGGUGUCAUCUACGCCACACGGUUGACCUUUACGUACACACCUGAGCCGGGACCGAGGCCGCAUUGCCCGCCAGCUCAGGAAGUGCUUCAACGAGGUGGCGGUUCGAGUAAUGCCGUCAAUCCGAUGGCACUCGGUUACGAUAACCAACACAUGCAUCAUCAACAACAGCCGCAACAACAACAACAACAUCAUCAGCCAAUGUGAAAUUCAAACAUCAAACGGGAGACACGUCAGUUUUAGACGGUUUUUUUUUUUUUUUUUUAAUUUUAAAAA